AUGAAUAGAUAUAUGAUUUGUUUAGAUGGCUCCAAUGCCUCAGAAAGAGGUUUUCAUUAUUUAGAAGCAUUAGCAAUGACAAUGAAAGAAAAAGUUGAAGUUUAUUUAUUAAAUGUGGUAGAUACCAAACUUAUAAAUAAAUUAGAGGUUGAUACAAAUCCUGAAGGUACAAGACACUCAUUAAGUAAAAGGGCAUUAGAUGAAUAUAGUAAAAGUUUAACAGUAAAUAAUAUAAGAAACCAUGAACUAUUAAUCGAUACAAAAACAAGUGUAAAAGAUACAAUCCUAGAUGAAAUUGAAAAGAAUAAAAUAGAUAUGGUUAUAGUUGGACAUGCACCUCAAAGUAAAUUUAAAAGAAUUGUAGAUGGUUCUUCAAUUAGUUCAGUAUGCGACCAUUUAUUAAAGAAAGCAAACUGCCCAAUCUUAAUUUUUAAAUAA